AUGGACAAGAUAGCACGUAGAUCCAGCCUUCAUGCCUUCCUCCCUCUCGAGCUCCGUUCCAUAUCCAUCGAGACGUGGACCGAAAGAGAACCACCGGCAAAGCCGCCAAAUCCAGACUUUCUCUUAUCGGCUAGAGUGCCGAUGAAUCCAAAUGCCUGGUCGGGUCGGGAUUACCGGUUACAGGAGAACAUUACAACGUCGGGAAGACAUAAAUUCGUUCCCCUCCCCAGGAUAUCCCACCAAAAUCGCGCAAAUCCAAUACGCGUCUCUCUGAUGAAAGUAAUUCCAAUGGAGAAAACACAUAGCGACCACGUGGAAGAACUCCAUCACGAUGUCUCUCAAUCCAAAGGUUGGCUGACUUGGCGAGUCGCAGCGAACAUUCUUGUCGUUGGCUUUUCAUGGGGCCUUUACGGUUACGACAGCUCGUUCGUGUCCCCUGUGCUCUCUUUACCGCUCUUUAUCCAGAAGUAUCAGGAUCAUGGCACGGCAUUCACGGCAACCAACCUCAAUCUGUUGGUUUCUGUCCCUUUGAUAGGAGCAGCGAUUGGUUCAUUCGCUUCGAUCUGGAUGCAGAGUCGGAUGGGAAGGAAACGGUCGCUCUUGUCCGCAUAUAUAUUCUGCUGUGUCCCCGGGUCGAUUCUUCAACUAUUCGCGCCAGAUAUGGCGGCGAUGGUCUGCGGACGCAUCUGGAACAAUAUGGGUAUCAGCAUGUUGAAUACUAUUAGCGGACUGUAUCUGUCGGAGAUGGUCCCCAGUCAUGCUCGCGCGAGAGCCAUCGCAUCUGCCCUCAUUGGGUCCUCUGCGGUGAGUGUCAUCGCCGCCACGGUUGUUUGGGCCACCGAAAAAAUCAACGAUAACCGCCAGUACACCAUCCCGUUUACCAUCCAAGUGGUCGUCCCUGCGACCUUGGCCGUGUUGACGCUGUUUGUCACAGAAUCGCCGACGUGGCUUGCUCUUCGGGGUCGGAUGGACGAUGCACGUUGUGCUCUCAAGACCAUACGCAACAACAACAUGGACCUCAUCGAGGCAGAGAUGAGGGCACUUCUUGCUCUGGUUGAGAACGCCAAGGCCAGGGAGGAUGUUCAUUUCUGGGAUAUCCUGAGCAAGCCCAACAUCAAACGCACGUUGAUAGCUGGCGCAUCGUUGAGUGUCAGUCAGGUCGGAGGCCAAAUAUUGGUCCUCCUCUAUUCCACGGUCAUGCUGGUCCAAAGUGGUGUCGAGGAUCCUUUUCUGAUAACGGUCAUCAUUUAUCUCGCAUACUUCCUCGGUGGCUGCGUCGGACCAAUUCUACUCGAUAAGGUGGGAAGACGGCCAACAGCCUUGGGAGGCUUCACCAUCCUCUUCCUUCUCGAUAUCGCGAUUGCAGGAUUGGCAUCUAGUGGCCUCACUACAGAUUCAGAGCGGCUUGGCUUGGCCUCCUUGUUCAUUAUAUUCGGCUUCUUCAACGCUCUGGUAUUCCAAUCUCUGCUUCUGCUGUUACCAGCCGAGUUGCCGUCGGCCCGGCUGCGGGAAGCAACCGCAUCUUGGUCUAUGUUUUGGUCCUAUGUGACAGCAAUAGUGACAACAUUUGUGAUCCCGCAUAUUACGGAGCACAUAGGGGCCCAGGCAGACUUUGUCUUUGCAGGGUGUAUGCUGAUUAUCAUCCUCGGAACGUACCUCUAUUUGCCCGAAACAAAAGACCGAACUUUGGCGGAAAUUGAAGAAAUGUAUACCACGAAAGUGGCAGCGUGGAAAUGGAAAGGUCAUAAAUGUUCAAUUUUGCAAGAGGUCCAGGCUCCUUCGGGGGAAUCGGCAUAA